AUGUCGUCCCCGCCGCCGUGUUUUAGGUGUUCCAAAUCACUACUAUUGCUGCUCUUCUCCCUAGUGAUCUGCCUCUCCUCUCUCCCGCUGUCCCCGGCGGCGCCUUCGCCUUCGCCUUCGCCUUCGCCUUCGCCUUCGCCUUCGCCUUCGCCCUCCCCCGCCCCCAUUCCUUCCCUCCACCGCCACCACGUGCCCCACUUCACCUACAUGGGCAGGAUGGCCCCACGCUGGCACAAGCGCACCCUCGAGUACGCCUUUUCUCCCGACCACGGGAUCAACUACCUGGACCCCGGAGAGGUGAGGGCCGUGUUCGCCCGCGCGUUUGCCCGCUGGUCCGCGUACAUCCCCGUGACCUUCACGGAGACGGAGGACUACGAACAAGCGGACGUAAAGAUCGGGUGGUACAGCGGGGACCAUGGGGACGGGGCCCCGUUCGACGGGGUGAGCAGUGUGCUGGCCCAUACGUUCGCCCCCGAGGAUGGGCGGCUCCACCUGGACGCGGACGAGAUAUGGACUACUGACUUGCGCAAGGAGCCGCCGUCGGAAAAACCAUCGAAGCUCCCUGCCAAUGGCAACGACGAAAACCCUCUCCCUCUCCUCAUCUCCCUCCUCUCCUCCUCGUCCACCUUCUCCACGAUUGGCAACUACCUCGUUGAUUGCAGCUCGCGUUCCGCCGUAACACGGGACUUCAAUCGUCGAGCCUUCGCCGGCGACGACUCCCAAUUUCUCACCUCGACGACGGACGAGAACUAUCGAGAGCUCAGAUCCAGCUCAAGAACCUUCUUCCCGCUCUACGCAACCGCCGAAGCCUUUGACUGGCCCGCACACUACGUUUUCCCGAUCAAAGACUUGCCGGGAACACUCACCACCUGA